UUUGAGCGCAAGUUCCAUCUGUCAAUCAGGCACUUUUUCCCAACUACGUGCAUCCUUCAAACUGAUUUAUCCUCGUUGCCGUCUAGAGAGUUGAAUUCUCAUAAUUUUGCCAACUAAACAAGUUCAUCGUCUUAGAUCGCGUUCGCAAACGCUUCGGGGCUCCGAUAUUGUCGUCCUCAUCUCCGGCCGCUUCGCCCCGCUUUGCCCUCGCACGCCUUCCAAAGAUCACUCACCUCUUCAAUCGCGAUCGAUCGUGAACGACGCCACCAUCAUGCCCUUCUCUGCAUCGGCCGGAGAUAGUCUCGACGAAGCCGUGGGCUACCUUGAGGCCCGCUCGCCGCCUCAUAACCACCCACUUCACCGAAGCCAGAUUCCUCUCUGCCUCCUCGAAGUUUCCUUCCAACAGUCCGUCGAAGAUCGACGGGUUGGAGCUCCGUCCCUAUCUAGUCUGGUCUUUUAUUCUUCUGUACACCGCAUUCUUUGAUUUGUUUCUGAUGGUUGAGAAUUGUCUUUGGCCUACUUGUCUGGUGGGCGAUGUCUUCUGAGGAUGAUGGGAUAUAGCGAAGAUGGCGUUGGUGAACUGCGAGCUCUUGCUGAAGAGCUUGAUUAGUUCCUAUUGAGCUUGCUACUUUGCAUUCUGUAAAUGUUCCUCUGAUAGCAUUGCUGCCUCUUAGGAAUUGGAUCAAAUAACCAGGUGGUGUCUCUCUUGUGGAGCUGACACUUUCAAUACUCCUCCAGAGGUGGCAGAUCUGUCAGGCUGUGUCCCUGUUGCAUCAAAGUUGAUUGCAGAGAUCAAGCCUCGGUAACUCAUCCUUCUUAUUACCUUUACUUCAUUUGAUUAUUUAGCAUCUGUGCUAUCUGCAGUGACACAAAUCCCAGCUUUAACUCAAAAUAUUUAUGGAUGAGCAGCAAGAGGUUCGAACGAGUAUUCUUCAUUCCUCGAGUAAUUCCGAUGGUAUAAAAAGCAUGUGUAGGCAUCUAGGAAGUGUAAUACAUCAUGUAAUACAUCUACAUGGAUCUUUCCUACCAACGUGGUUCCUUUUGGGUUAUAUUGUUAGUCAACUUAAUGGCUUUCAUAUCCCUUUUAUGUUGUUUUGAAUAAAUUUGUCUCAAGUCUUUCUAUUCUCGCACCACGAGUCCUAAUUAAUUCAUGUUGUCUAAGUAAAUCGACUAUAAGUUGGCUUUGGACAUGUUUAUGCCAUUUUAAUGGGUUUCUCUUAUUUCAUCUUCGACCGGGGCUACACAAUUGUUCAUGAACAUAUAUGUUUCUUAUACCAUCUUUUCUCAUAUUCUUGAUUAUCUAUGCCAGUAUUCUGAUCUCGUCACUUCUAACUUUUCGUGCAUGUUGGUUUCUGACUAUCUCACAUUUCAAUGAACAAAACACGACCAACCUUACAAUUGUUUUAGAAAAACUUCCUCUUAAUCCACAUUAUCAUAUAAAACUCUGGCAGUGCUUCCUCACAAUGUUCAUAUUAUUUAACGCUUUGGAUAAUAUCUUGAUAAAUCUUUUCUUCCUUCUAAGUUAUACAUCCUGACCAGCUGUUCUAACCUUGUAUGUAUCCCUGAUACUGGUGUCAAACUGACAAAUCUGAUUGUUUAUAUAUAUGAGCAGUCUUCAAGAGAAGAUUUCAGAAAGUUUCUUGGAUUAAUAAUGAUGAAUGCUGAUAGACUCUUAUUAGAGUCAAUGCAGAUAGAAAUGAUGAAUGCUGGAGUGGAUUUCUACUGGACUGCGAUGGCUCUUUUGAUGCUUUGUCUGGCUGUGCAGGUAUCAGUUACACCUUGUGGGAUGCUAAACAGUGGCCAGCAGCUGUGGGCUCUGCGUGCAGAAAGGCAAUAUCGCCAAUUCAAUCAGAGGGGGCUGCUAUUCUUACUGGACUGCAAGCUGCAAAGGGGAGGGGCAAAUUCAGAUCAGGAUCAGAUCCGAUGGUCUAAACCUUGUUCACAUGACUGGUCAUCAGCCUGUCACUUGAAAGCUUUGGUGAAUGAUAUUAAAACUUUGGUUCCUGGAUUCAAUUUAGCUGAAUUUAGGCAUGUAUCUGGAGAGAAACUUACUGCUGUAUAUAACAUGGCAAACCUUGGCAGCAGUUUUGUUUUAACUUGUUCCAAGUUAUUUAAGAAAUACAAGUUUUCCUUUUUCCAAAAAACAUAAAACAGGUUUCUUGGAUUGACUGCUGUUGGAAACGAAAGAUAAACAAGGUCUGUUUCUUCAGAAUUCUGAUUCUACACUCUACAUGCUUGGUUUGUAGAUAGAUGUAGUACUAUAUUUUACUUUCUUUUCUUUUGUUCAGAUGCAAUGUUUUGUUCUUUGUAGCUUUUACAUUUACCUGUUUUGUAUUGAACUUGUCUGCAUCAAUUGAUUUAUGGUCAGCGUUCUUCAUAAAAUAUGAGCCAUACUGUUAUAUUAUCAUAGUUAUACAACACUAUAGUCAAUCGAUCUUGUAUGGUGAAAUGCCAGUGUUUACUGUUCAUCUGCAAAAGCAAUACAUCUGAGUUGUAUUGUUGUUUCUUAGUACUGCCAUCUAUCAUAACCUGUGACCACACCUGAAGUAUGUUAUGGUUGUUUGAUGCUAGGCUUUUGAACCAUUCGCUGCUUAAGGAAGGAUUCAACCAGCGACAGGAUCAAACAAUCUUUGGAAUGGCCAAACUGCAGCAGAGGAGUGGUUGACCGGAGUUGGCCCGCCACGGCCUCUGGAUGUCUGUCCAAUGAUGAGGCAGGUAUUUGGGCAAGUAAGGAAAAGGGAGUCGUCAAGGUUCUUGCAGCACAACAAACAAGGAAGCGUGGGCACGUGUACGACGAAUGGUGCUGCUUAACCUCCUCCGGACGCACCCCGGAUCAAGAUUCAAAAUAGCAAGGUAACAACCCACGCACAACACGACUCUUUCCCCCCCCUCUCUCUCUCCUCUCUCUCUCUCUCUCCUCUCUCUCUUUCACACAGUCAUCACCCUCUCUCCUCCGAGAUUUAUUCUGUUGUGAUAUCGUCCUCGUCCCUUUCCUUGAGAACCGCUCCCCCUCCGCUUCCAAACCUCUCCUUCUUCUCCGCCUGCUUUCCGUUCAUGGGCUCGCUUUGCUGCCCGCCACCCCACCAUCCGCCCCGCCCUACGACCCUGCCGACCGAUCCGAUCGUUGCCAAGAAUCGCCGCACCAACAACCAUCACAGCAACAACAACCAAAAUAUCCUCCUCCUCCUCUUCCUCCUCUUCCUCGUCCUCCGGGUGGUGGGUGCGUGUGCCACCUUCAACGCCACACCCCUCGAUCCUAUCAUGACCUCCGCCACCACAUCCAAUACAACUGCCACCAACACCAGCGCCAGCAGCAGCAGCAACAAUAAGAGCUCCUCCUCCCAGCCCGCCGCUAACUCCGCCUGCGCAGCCUGCAAAUACCAGCGCCGCAAGUGCAAACCCGACUGCCUCCUCGCUCCUUACUUCCCCGCCAACCAGCAGCAGAAGUUCCUCAACGCUCACCGUCUCUUCGGCGUCAGUAACAUCGUCAAGAUAAUACGCGACCUCGACCCCUUCCAGCGCAACGAGGCCAUGAGCACCAUCAUCUACCAGUCCGACAUGCGCGCCCACGAUCCCGUCGGCGGCUGCUACAGAUACAUCCGUGAUCUCGAGCGCCAGAUCGAUCACGACUCUACAGAACUCGCGUUCGUGCUUAGACAGCUUGCACUCUGUCGUGCGCACACAGCUCAGACCAUUACACCAGGAAUUCCUACCCUCGCACCUGAUCUGGAUGUAAACCCUAAUUUGCUUCUCAAUACACCCACCGAUGACACCGAGAAUGUGAUAUAUGAUGCCAACCUUUUCCCUUCGAUGAAUCAGCCGCAAGACCAGCAGCACUACUACAAUUACCUCUGCUAUGACAGUGGCAUUUCUAGAGAGCCAAACAACGAUCCGAAUGCCAGUAGUAACAGCAACAGUGUUAACAACAAUGUUUUGAGUCUACAGCAGCAACAUCAUCACCAUCAUCAUCAUCAUCCGCAAUCAGUGGUGCAGGAUGAGGAUGUUAAGCCUCUGGUAGAUAUGUUUGAGAUUAGGCAGACAUUGAUAGGAGGGGAUGAUGAGGGAGAUUCUAGAAUCAAUACGACUAACGAGGUCGGGCCUCUGCAUUGCAGCACAAAUUUGGAGCUUAGAGAUGAGACUAAUCAAGUGGAACACACGCAGGAACAUGAUUUGAAAGGUGCUGCAUCCUUGUUUACCCUAACCAAUUGUACUUCCUCAGGUUCAUAAUUCCCUUUUCUUGCUUAUUUCUCCUUUUCGUUUGAUUUUUUAUUUUACAUAAAAUUCGACGAUAGCCCUUUUUUAUUUUGUAAUUUUGCUGUUAUGUUAUCGGCCGACAUAGAAUUAAUUGAAAGGAUGUGUGACAGGACGUACUA